AUGGCUACGGCACGCCGCUUUGUGUUUCGAAAGGGCAUGCCGAUUUUCAUGCGAGAAUAUGGUGCAGAAAGCAUCGCGAAGCAGAUGCCCUCCAACGCAGAAGACCCAUUUGAACAGCCCACAUGGCUCGAUUCUAAUAUCAAGGUUUGGGCUUUGCCUGCUCGCCCUCAUUCGGCAAACAACUUCAGAGUCGCGCGACCUCAGAGUCCGCGGAAACGGAGUCUAGGAGAAUUCCAGGAGACCGACAACCAGAUCGACCAGCAUGCUGAACAUCAACUGAUGAGACAGGCUGUCGUCUCUGACAUGUUCAAUUCCACCUGGAAGAUGGAUGCGCUUGUAGAGACGCCCAUAGCCGAGGUCAAGAUGCCUGCAACUCUCUUUGUGCGUAAUCCAGAGACCAAGGAUUUGGAACCUUACAAGGGCCCUAUUCCGGGUGACAAUCAGCCUUUGCCUGAUAUCAAGGUUCUUGUCCGGAAGCCCUGGCCCGGUGCUACCGUGGGUACUUUGCCACCUACCUCGCCAUCAUAUGAGGCGAUCUCCUAUAUCGUUCGUAACCACGACAUCCGGGGAAAGUUUGAUGUAGCGAAGGCUCAAGAGCUCAAAGUCCCCAAGGGCCCAGCAUAUUCGGAAUUGACUCGCGGAGAGAGUGUGCAAUCUACAGAUGGCCGGACCAUCACUCCACAGAUGGUAAUGGGUCCUGGAAGACCAGGCAAGGGAAUUGCGAUCUUGGAUGUUCCGUCGCCCGAUUAUGUGGAGGACCUGCUGAACCGACCGGAAUGGAACUCGCCCACUGUGACUACUGAGCUCAAGGCCUUUGUCUGGAUCCUUGGACCCGGCGUGGGUGACCACCCGAAGCUCCAGGAAUUUGUUGCACGCAUGUCCCAUUGCAAGCACACAGUAUCAAGCUCGGAUUACUGCCCCAACUAUCUUGCCCUUACCAGUGCCGCCCAGGCUGCCGUCCGUCUGGCUCGCCUACGGGGCGAGAAUUAUCCCGUUCCCGUUCAUGACAAUGUGACUGUUCCCCAAGCUGGAACGCCUACCGCCGGAACCUCCCUGCAGAAGACUUCUUUCGAGCCCCUUGACCCCGGCUUGAUCGUUGAUAUGGAACCCCAGUUCCAGAUUAAAAGGGACGAGGUAAUGACCCGCCUGAAUACUGCAGAGACCAUUUUCCAGAUCCCUCGGAGCGUUGAUCAACGGAUGCGAACCAUCCGCACCCGUGUGACGAAGAAGGCCUUCCGGGAUCGACUGGCUGACAUCCGCAAAGACCUGCCUGGCGCAGAGGUCGAAAUUAUCUCGCUGGGGACAGGUUCAUCUAUUCCGUCUAAGUACCGUAAUGUCUCUGCAACAUUGCUCAACGUUCCCGGCUAUGGGUACUAUCUCCUGGACUGUGGGGAAAAUACUCUUGGUCAGAUGAAGCGUGUUUUCGGACCGGAGAAGAUGCGAGAAGUUCUCCAGAAUCUGCGCAUGAUUUGGAUCAGCCAUUUGCACGCUGAUCACCACUUGGGCACAGCGGCUGUUAUCAAGGCUUGGUACCAAGAGAACUAUGGGACUGAUACCAAACAAGCAUCGCAGGAAUCGAGAACCAGGAUCGAAGAUGCUCUCCAAGAAAAACGUCUUGCCAUCGCUUCCGAUGAAAUGAUGAUUGCCUGGCUAGAAGAGUAUUCUGCUGUGGAGGACUUUGGCUUUGACAAGCUGCUUCCCCUUUGCGCGCAUCCAGAUACCACCGGUCCUAAAAUCACGACCAAAUUCUCCUUCCGACACAAUCGCAAUGGUAGCGCUCCUUUUGGAGUCAAUUCGCUGGGCAGAACAAUCCUUGAUUUCAAAGAUGAGUCCUCGCCUCUCACGCCACUUCUCAAGUCCUCCACUGGCCUAGCCGAUAUCCUCACUACGCGCGUGGCCCACUGCAAAGGCGCCCUUGCUGUCUCACUCGUGUUCCCUGAUGGAUUCAAGGUUUCUUACUCCGGCGACUGCAGACCCUCGGAUAAAUUUGCGUCCAUCGGGCAAGGCUCGACCGUGCUCAUCCACGAAGCUACCUUCCAGGAUGACAUGGUAGGAUCGGCUCUGGCUAAACGGCACUCCACUGCUGCUGAGGCCAUUGAGGUUGGUCGUCGCAUGGGUGCCCGGGCCGUCCUUUUGACACACUUCAGCCAGCGAUAUCAGAAGGUUGCACACGUCGAGCAAUGCGCCGCCGCAAACAAGCGCGACGAUACGAGCUCAACCCAGCAGACUGAAAGUGCUGCGGAGAGGCAGUCGGGCGAUGCAGAUAUCCCCUUCGACGAUCCAGAAGAACCACCUGCUGCUCCCACCUCUGCCGCCGCCCUUCUGGACGAUAUUCGCUUCCCCAGCCCUGGUCGCCCAGGUCUUCCUCACUAUGAUGCCACUUCAAACGUGACUGUCCCGGUCGCUGCCGCUAUGGACUAUAUGCGAAUUAAGGUUGGCGAUAUUGCUAUCGCGCAGGCUUUUGCCCCUGCCCUCGAGAAGAUGAUUGAUAUCCUGGAGAAAGAUACCACCCAGCAGGCGGAGGCCGCGAAGAAGGUGCUCCGCGAGGCCGAAGAAGCUCGCAAGGCCCAGAAGACUAAGAAGUUUGGUGGAAAGAAGACUGCCGCCGCUGCUGUUGCAACCCUUGCUGUUACGGAAGAGCCGAAGCAGCCUGAGCUACCGGCUCACUCUGUCUGGAGCGCCAGUGAGAGCGAGAGUGGGUGGGAGACGAGUGACAAUGAAGAGCGAGGGUCCUAA